GAUGACUGGCGCAUGAAAUGCCUCCCGGUGCUCACAUUUUGUGAGUGGGUGUUCAUCAACAGGAGAGAGCGGCUCCGUUUGGCUGAUCACCGUGAAAAGGGCUUACACAGCGUAUGAAAGCUUGAAGAAGUUGGGUGGUGACUUGGGACACACAUUUGCCCACGGCGUUCCUAUUGGUUUAUUAGUGAUGUGAUGACACGGAGGAGUUGGGCUUAACGCUUUAUAAAGCUGCUCUGUCCGCGGCGAGCCACUCUUCUAAAGAUCACCGUGCCCGAAACUUCACUUUCCAACAAGACACGCAGUGGAAGCAGGGAGGGAAACGUCGGCAUUACUGUCCAUCAUGAGCGAGAGACAAACAUCUGGAGCUGCUGCUGGCAACAAUAAGACUUCUGGAGGACAAGAUGCAUCCAAAACGGAUGUGCCAGAGGACUUUGACAUCGACUUGGACGACCCAGAGACUGAAAAGGCAGCCGUCACCAUCCAGUCCCAGUUCAGAAAGUUCCAGAAGAAGAAGAAGUGUGAUGAAAAGUCCUAGUGAGCACCAUGUUGCUCUGUCACUGUGUGCAGGGACGGCGGGCGGAAGUGACGGCACAGCGACGACGGUGUGACAUUUGCAUGUAAAACAAAUUCAUACCAGUUGGAACUCAAAGGGUUGCGAUGGGGCUGGGGGGUGGGGGGGUGGAAUGCAAUAGCCUGUUAAUCAUAUAACAUGUCUGUGAAUUUUCCUUACCCUAUAAUUAUAAAUGCUAUUAUUUAAUAUUCGACUACUGUAUCAAUAACUAAGUAAUAGAGUAAUAACGAUAUGGUUUCUGUCCUGCCAUAUAUGUCCCGUAUAUCAUAAAGUCUAGCUGGUGUUUGUGUUAGAAUAUGUUUUUGUACUUAUAUUUCCCCUCACCAUCCCUUUCUGUACUGCUUUAGACUGUGUUUCCCUAAAAGCACCUGUAUUCUUAGUGUGGGUGGACUAAAAGCUAAUGUUAGAGUGAAGGCUGUUUUAAGGAAACCCUGCCUGGAGCUUUUUCAUUCCGAGCAUAAUAUUUCAUCCAGAGGCAUUUUUAUUUCUUACCUGCAUGGUACUAUCAAAAUGUGUCAAUGUAAAUUGAAUAAAUAAAAACUCUGUGUGGAAACUGUG